AUGAACGUCACCAGCAAGGGCUACUUCACCACUCUGUUCCUCGACAGGCAGAAGCAGAACUCGCCCAGAGGGUACUACCGUGGAGGCUACGACGAACUAGAGUACGAUGAUGAGUUUGACGAGUAUUCUGGCGACUGGGACUCAGAAAUGUAUAACCCGCAUGCCUACGCUCCCCACUACCAGAACCACCCCUCUCCCAAGCUCUCCACUCCAGAGAUUCCUAGAGUAGCCGACUACCAGCACGGGGAGCCUUCAGAAGUCGACACAGGCCAUCAAAGUCUCCGAACCAAACGUUCCCGGGCUACGUUAGCUACUGCACGUACGAGAACAUCUCCAGCACAGUCACCAGUUCUUUCUAAAAGGCAGAUGAUCCCACCUUCUCCUACAAAUUCGUCUCACUCCCACACAGAACCACAACAGCCCCAAAAUAACACCGAGGUGAGCGAACUAGAUGCUCCCAUGGUUUUGGAGGCUACCCCAGACCCAGACUUUUUAAAACAAGAAAUCACCCCAGCCGAGUUGAAUAUUCUUCAAAAUAAUAAUGCCAGAUACACCCCGCACAGACCUGGAAAGAGAGGUCCUUUCCAAGUUCGAAACUUUCCCAUGCAGAACCCUCCCCCCAAAAAAGGGUAUGGUGACUACUACAUUAAACAAAAGAUGAAAUAUGACGAGGCAGAUUACAAACCGAAGCUCUACACCCACAAAACCUUCAGAGAAGUAUUCGAAAACAAGGAAGAAAAUACCGAUAAGUACAAUCCUAUGGAGUACGUUUUCGAUGAACGACCCGAGGAUACUAACUUGAAGCGGGCCUUCAGGACCUUACAGCUCAAAAUGGGCAAAGAUGACUAUGCAAACUACGAUUACUACGAAAACAAGAACCGUCCAAGCAACUCGCAGGCAGUUUUUGUGAAUAAAGGAAGCGAUGAAGAUGACGAUCAAGAAAUGGGAGGAACAGAAUCUGCCGAAAAAAUUAAAAAGAACAAUAAGCUCAAAAAGGCAUUCAAAAGGAAAAUGAAAGAUGCCAAGAAGGAGUUGGGUCGUAAUUUUAUGUCCAAUGCCGAAAGGCAGAAAGAGAUCUAUGAGCUUAUGAAAGAACGAGAACUUAGGAAAAAGAAGAAGAAGGGGAAGGGUUUGGAAGAACUAACUCCCGCGGAAGCUAUGAAGGAGUCCAUAGAAGAUCAAAAGCUAGAGGAUUUGAUUGAUGAAUUGCAGGAAGAAGAUAAAUCAGUGGAAGAAGCAAAGGCCGAGGCUGUAAAAGAAGUCGAGCAAGAGGAAAAGGCCAAGGAAGUUGCAGCAGCAACAUCGGUUGGAAAUCCGAACUUUCAUCCACUUUGGAACUACUUGCUUUCCUGGGUUGUGUACGACACAGUUGGUAGUAAUGAAGCCAAUGGAAAUAUCGAAAUCGAGGAGAUUGAUAACCCAGACACUAAAUCCAUAAAGUCUAAGAAAUCGGCCAAAUCUUUGAAGGCUGCAAAAAUGACCAAGAAGAUGAAUUUCAAAAAUAUUAAAAAGAAUUACAAUACUGUUGUGUCCAAAUGGAACGAACCUGUGGUCACAUUAUUCCAAGAACAGCUGCCCAGUAGUAGGUCAAUGGUCACAAGAAGAACUCCUCAAUCUUCCCAUCAUGCUGUUGGGGAUGAGAUUCUUGAUGAAGAGACACAAGAAUUUACCAUUGAGGUCGACGAUGAUGGGUUUGAGGCAAACAUGGAGUUAUAUUAUAACCCAAUAACCAAACAGCUUGAAGCCACACCGCCAACUUCAAUGGGUUCUCUUGAGCACUCAGUUCCAAAGUCAGGUUACAGAAGGUACUUUGACACUACUAGUGGACCAGUUGCAAUCAUUUCCAAUAUCAAUUCGCUUAUAAAAAACAUUAAAUUGAUGAAGAUCAUCUUUGCGCCUAUCGAUGUGAUUGGGGAAUCAUUUCCCAAUUUGCAAACGGUGGUGAUCUUGAUAGAAUUGGUGAUCUUCAUGUGGAUAUUGUACGAGUUGAGUCUUUUGAUCGACGCACUCUGCAUGAUGGUCAAGGCAGUAUGUGCUCCUAUGAUCGCAAUGGGUAGAUUUAUGAAUAGAAUUAUGUAG